AUACCGAAAUAUCGCCGAUAAAUUCCGAUUUUUCAAUCCAUGCUUGCCACUAUUGCCCUCCUUGCUCACGAUUUCUUUUCUUUUCCUUUAAACCAAACAGGCCAUUAAUUGUUUGUUUUUUCACCUUUCAAGCUCUCUGCGCAUCUAUUUGAAAUAGAGGAGGAACAAUCAUCGGCAGUGAUGCUGACGCGCGCUGGUGGUCUUUCCUUCUUCUUCGCCAAAACCCCAAUACUUUGCCAUGUCGGCCAUACUCGCCUACGCCCACUUCUCCACGGUUGCUCUCAUCACCAUUUCAAACCCACUACCUACAGUCCCUACAUCAAAGAUCGCAUUUUUAUGAACAAAUCAGCGCAUUUCUCGAAUUUAGCUCUCUCUGCAACCAAUAAAUAUAUUUCUGAAUCGUCAGCAGCAGCAAAAACAAUGUCCAACAAAGCCAGGAAGAAGGCCAGCCGAGAAUCGCCUGAAGGAGUGCUCAGAUUUAAACUAGAUAUGUGUUCGAAGCGCGGUGAUGUUGUGGAAGCUCUUCGCCUUUAUGAUGAGGCUAGGAGUCUAGGGGUUCCGCUUAGCCAGCACAAUUACAAUGUUUUAUUGUAUUUGUGCUCUUGUUCGGGGUCAAAUGGGGAUGAGAAUGUGGUGAAUUUGGCGUUGAAGAGAGGUUUUGAGAUUUUUAAGCAAAUGGGUGUUGAUGGAAUUGAACCUAACGAGGCUACAUUUACUAGUGCGGCGAGGUUGGCCUGUGCGAUGGAGGACCCAGAAAUGGCGUUUAGUUUGGUGAAGCAGAUGAAGAGUUGUGGUAUUCCCCCCAAGUUGAGGUCGUAUGGACCACCACUGUUUGGGUUUUGUAAGAAGGGGGAUGCGAAUAGAGCAUAUGAGGUUGAUGCCCACAUGGUGGAAUCCGGUGUGGUUGCUGAAGAACCUGAGCUCUGUGCUCUGCUUGGGCUUAGUGUGGAGUCGCGGUGGGUGGACCAGGUGUAUCAGAUGAUGCACCGCUUGCGAGCAUCCGUGAGGCAGGUCUCAGAAUCAACUGCUGAGGUUGUUGAACGAUGGUUCAAUUCCGAAGAUGCUGCAAGAGUUGGGGAGGAGAAUUGGGAUGUGGGGAAGGUGAGGGAAGGGGUUGUCAAAGGAGGAGGGGGCUGGCAUGGGCAAGGGUGGCUGGGGAAAGGGAAAUGGAAGGUGGUGAGAACUGAGAUGGAUGAGGCGGGUGUGUGUCAGUCAUGUGGCGAGAAGCUUGUUGGCAUUGAUAUUGAUCCAAGGGAGACUGAGAACUUUGCUAGCUCUUUGACCAAGUUGGCUUGCCAAAGAGAAGUUAAGGCAGAUUUUGUCCAAUUUCAGAUGCCCUGACUUGGAGACAUAUAAAGUGAGUAGCACUGAGUGGUGGAAUGUGAUCUACUGGCUUCUAAUCAAUUGUUUGUUUAUGAACAUUGAAUAAACCUACCAUCUCCAUUACUAUGACACUGCAGCUUGAAUCUUCUCCCCUCUUCCUCCCACUCCAAAGGGCCUAAGAAGCCUUUUUCCUCCAUGCAGAACAGCUCCACUCUUUCAAGCAACCGAGACAAACUUAUCUCUCCAAAUCUGAUCCAGCUGGAGAAACCUCCCCUUCCCCCCUCCACCUUUUUCCCUUUCAAACAGGGAUUGACCUCAAUACAGAUCUCAAAAGACUGAGGUAAAGGAAAUUGAAAUUACAGUCCUUAAAAUUCCUGUGGCAAACACAAGUAUUAUGAUGUUUCCACACAUGCCAACACAAAUUUAUAACAAGACAAAAUUUUGACUUUAAUGCUUUUGCCGCAAACACAAACGCUGAAGCUUUGUACCUAAACUCUGUCUCAAGCUUUCAUCCUGCUAAAGGUAUUUUCACUACUCACUUUUGACUUUCACAUUGGAGAAUAGAACCCGCACAUGUUUGCCAUGGUUCCAAAGUCCUCUGAUUAGCUCACUUCCAAACUCAUCUUUAGCAAAGACGUCCUCUAAGUUCCGACUCCUAUUACGCCCUCCUGGCAAUUUGAUCCUUACUUCCUUCAGGUUCCGAAGGUGAGUCGCCACCAACGAAUUCACUUCAUUCUUCCAAAUUUGUAUUGGUUCAAAAUCAAAUGGUUCUCCAAGAAAUUGUUGUAUCUGAAAAUUCACAAACAAGGCCUAUUAGUCAAAUUGCAAUACAGGUGAGUUACAAUAUAUCUCACUCCAUUGUCACCUUCUUGUGUUUUGGAGUCAUAACAAAUCUAAGAUCCUCAACGACUGGGCAUGCUCUGAGCAGGACAACAAUGCCUGGCAAUUCCCACUUCUGAAAAGAAGCAUUGAUUUCCAGACGUGUGCAAGAAAGGGAUACCAUCCUCAUACGGACCAAAGCUUUAUACAGACCCUGCAGAAUAGUUAAUGAAAGUUUCAAAAAAAUUGGUAUGGUGGAUAUUCUUAUGAAAAAACGCUAGUUUGAAACAAGCUGAUACCUGAACACAGAGAUUACCCAUUCGAAUUACUCUGACAUGUGCGAAACUGGGAAGAAUCUGGAGUAAUACUAGAUGAUAUCUCAGAGGCAAGAAUGUAUUCUGCCAUGAAGUUGCCUGGGGCUGGUCCUGGGGCUCAUCGAAGGUACACUCAAGGCAGUUGGUUAAAUCUUUUACAUGAUAUUUGCUCCUGGGCGCAAAGAACAGGAAGUGUAGUUUUUCUACACUUGGUGCAUUAAUCUCCAUUGGUUUCGUGGAAAAAGGAACUGAAGUCUCAAUGAUAUCCAGCUGUUUCAGAUUUGAAUUGGCAGAGGUUUCAAUUUUAAAAUAGGUUGUCCUACUGCAGUCAAAUAAGGAAAGUUGCUCCAGCAGCCGGGUGCUUGAAGUGAGCUUUCUGAGCUCUUCAUCUUGAAUUUCGAUACUUCUGAGUGUUAGAGUUCGAAGAACGGGUAAAUCAAUAGAAUCUAAAAAUGAGGUCUUACAGCACUUGAGCCAGAGGAAAAUCAAUGAUUUGCAUGUAAAAAUGGUUGGGGGUAGAAUGUAGAAUGGACUCCCCAUAUGCUUGUCACCAAUGUCGAAGUUUAUGUGUAGAUCCUCGACUUUUUCUCAACAACAAAGCUGAUCCAUUUGUUCACAUCAUCAUCAUUUGAAGAUUCAAACUGGAAAUCUACAUGAAAUUUCUUUAUUCUUGUUCCUUGGUGAAGGGAAAUAAACCUUGUCACAGAAGGUACAAUUUCUUGACCCAUGGAUUCGGUCCAGGAACUGUUAAAAACUAUGUUCUGCAAAUAUUUCCAUUGAUUUCUCCAUUGAUGUGACACCAGCUCAUUCUUUAUCACGUCUUGUAAUGGCAAGUUAUUCAAUAUGUUUUGAAAUGUUCCUUUGUCUAGUUUGUCAAACAUAUCUGCAGAAACAUUUCAACAAGUAAUUUUAUUCAGCAUGUUUCUAUUGUUGGGUGGCAAUAAAAGCAGGUAGAGGACCAUAGUGACAGAUAAAAUGUUGGACUGGAGCAAAAAGGAUGAAAGAGUACCAUUGAAGUUAAUGCAGAGAAGAAAAAGGGAAAAUAAAGAAUCAAAAGAAAGAAGAAAGAAUUUUAAUUGGCAGAUGCUUUUAUGGAUAUCAAUGACUGAUUAAAUCCAUUAUACAGGAAGAAAAA